AGUAAACAUUGAACAUUUUCAGCGGAUCCUAAUUUUCAUCAUGGCUGUUUUCAAUAAAAUUCAGAUUGUUCUAGGGUUUUUAUCGUUGCUGCAUGCAGCCUAUUCUGCAGCUCAGCAUCGUGCGUAUCUCCGAAUCACAGAGCAAGAAUUUUCCCAGCUCCCGAUAGAUAUUAUCUUCCAAGCAAUCGCAAGCUUGCUGUACAUUAUCUACAACAUUCUGCAAGUGGUGGGAGACUUUAAAGAGAUUCGCGCCGCCGUAGAUUUGCAAGCUAAGUCUUGGGAAACGUUUUCGAAUAUUCCAUCGUUCUAUACGUUCAACCAUCGCGGUAAAGCUCUGUCUCCGGUGUACGAGCAACCACAUCCUGGCUUGGUCGAGGCGUAUGAGCGAGACUACGACUCGAGCGACUAAUAUAAUGUACGCCAAAAAUUAAUUAAACUCGAUAAACAA